AUGCGUUUCGCUACCAUUGCCGCUGUUUUCUCUGUCGUUGCUGGUGCCUCUGCCGGCGUCGUUAAGAACGGCACUGAGUACACAACCACCGAGGUUGUCACUGCUUACACCACCUACUGCCCAGGUCCUACUACCGUUGUGCAGAACAACAAGACCUAUACUGUCACCAAGGUAUGCCUUCCGCUCGACAAUUGGAAUUGAGCUAUUUCUAACAAUUGAAUUCAAGGCCACCACUUUGACUAUCACCAACUGCCCUUGCACUGUUACCAAGGUCUAUACCACCAUCCAGCCAACCAGUGUCUGCACCGGAAAGUGGUAAGUAGCAAUCAUUCCUCCAUUGGUACAAUUUGGCUAUGAUAUUAACGGCUUUGUAGCUCCGUUCCGGUUGGAACCGCCCCUGUUUACCCCCCCACCGGAAGCCCCGCUCCAGUCUAUCCCAACGGCACCGCCCCGACCUAUAAGCCUUCUGCGCCCGCCAACACCAGCAAGCCAGCACCAACCACCCCGCCAUUCACCGGUUCGGCCAACAAGGCCACUGUUGCCGGUGCCGCAAUGGCCGGUCUCAUUGGAGCUGUCGCUUACCUGCUGUAA